AACCACAUCGUGGUGUUCCCGUUCAUGGCGAAAGGGCACACGAUCCCACUGCUCCACUUCGCUACGGCGCUCUCCGUGCACCACAAGAGCCUGCGCGUCACCAUGGUCACCACACCCGCAAACCUCGCCUUCACGCGAAGCCGCCUCCCGUCGUCAGUUCGCAUCGCCGUUCUCCCAUUCCCGUCGCUCCCGCCACUGCCGGCCGGCGUGGAGUCCACGGACGCCCUCCCCAGCCCGGCCCUCUACCCGACGUUCCUGCGUGCCACGGCGCUCCUGCGGGCUCCAUUCGCCGACCUCUUGGCGUCGCUCUCGUCGCCGUCCCCACCGCUCGUCCUCGUCUCCGACUUCUUCCUCGGGUUCACGCACCGCGUCGCUACCGACGCCGGCGUCCGCCGCGUCGUGUUCCACGGCAUGUCCUGCUUCUCCAUGGCCAUAAGCAAGUCCCUCAUCGAGAGUGGCCCGCCACCGCCCGGCUGCGGCGAUUUCCACGUGCCCCGUAUGCCGGAGCACGUAAAGAUCACGGCGAUGGAGGUGCCGGAUACGAUAGCUAAGAUCUCCGACCGCGACGACCCGGUGGUCCGGUUCGUGAUGGAAGACAUCGGUGAGUCGGACGUGCACAGCUGGGGCGUCCUGGUCAACAGCUUCGCCAUGGUGGACCAGGACUACGUGGCGCCCUUCGAGUCGUUCUACCAGCCAGACGCCCGCGCCUGGCUAGCGGGGCCGCUAUUUCUCGCCGCCGGCAAGGAGAGCAUGAAGCGCGAGGAGGAGCUGGAUCCGGAGGGCUGCCUCCCCUGGCUUGACAAGACCACGGAACCGGUAGUCUACGUGUCCUUCGGCACGCAGGCCCACGUCUCCGACGAGCAGCUCGACGAGCUGGCGCGCGGGCUGGUGCAGUCCAGCCACCCCUUCCUCUGGGCCGUCCGGUCGGAGAACUGGUCGUCGCCGGUGGACGUGGCGCCCCACGGACGCGUCAUCCGCGGGUGGGUUCCCCAGAGGAGCGUGCUCGCGCAUCGUGCUGUGGGAGGGUUCGUCAGCCACUGCGGGUGGAACUCGGUAAUGGAGAGCCUCGCGGCGGCGAAGCCCGUGCUGGCGUGGCCGAUGAUGGCGGAGCAACAUCUCAACGCGAAGCACGUCGCCGACAUCAUUGGAGCCGGCUUCAGGAUGAACAUCGUCGACAAUAAGGUUGUAGUCGACAGAGCGGAGGUGGAGAAGAUGGUAAGGAGGCUGAUGGAUGCCGGCAGCAAGGAAGGCCGAGAAAUGCGGGCUAGGGCCGCGUGGGCUCGCCAAGAGGCCAAGUUAGCGGUCAGCGACGGUGGCAUGUCCCACAUGGCACUUCUGAAGCUGGUGGACGAGCUGCAGGGAAGCUACGACCGUGAUGUCACUGUAGGAAAAAAGACAAGACGGAAGCAUAAUUCCAAACUAUUAUGUAUUAUUACAGAAUGA